ACCGACCGAAAAUAGCUUGGAUAGUCAAGUUGUAUCUAAGCAGCCGGAAAAAAUAAAAAAAUAUUUUGAAAAACUCAAAUCCAGAAUGAAUUUGGACAAACCUUUCUUGAAGCCAGCUCAGAACACUGAAAAUUUACUGAAUUCGAGAUUUGGUAAUGAUCCAAUCACUGAAAACACUCCGAAUCAAAGAACUGAAAGUAUGUUUGGCAACAAAGAUGCUAAGAAAAAGGCGUUGAAAGCUAAAUUACAAGAAUACAUGGCUAAAGUCAAAAAACCUCGCGUGGAUCAAGAAACCGUCAAACAGCAACCUCCUUUGAUCAAGAACAGACUCCAACCAAUUCAACCUGUUACAAGCAGAAUAACUGGGUUGACCACUCCAAAAUCCAUAGAGAAACAAAAGUCUGAGCUGAAUGCAAUGAUGGACAACUUGAAAAGCAUGUUGAAAGAACGGAUGGCUAAGAAAUCUGAGCCUACUGUUUAUGAAAUUGUCAAUGGUGGUCCCAAUGAAGAAAAUCUGCAAAGUGUGGUACCAAAUUCACCUGAAAGUGUACUUGGAGAUACCAAUAGCGGUGGUGAAGUAAUUGGGGAUACAGAUGAGCAGUUGGUGCCUAGUUUGGAAAGUAGAGAUACUCUGGAAAGUACACAGCCUGCAGCUGAUUGGUCAAGCAGCUUAGGCCAAAUAGUAUCGGCUUCGUCCAAUCCCAAUGAAGUAUUUUUCAUGGCCAGCGGUAUCAAACUUCCCAUGAAGAUAGUCAAGCAAGAAGACGGCACUCUGGACCUAUCUCUAGACCUUGAAAAGUUGUGCGCCUGCAAAAACACAACCUGUCCAAAGAAUCCUGCAGUUAUCGAAGAAACAGUGGGCGCCAUCUUGGAAAAAGAAGCCGAGAUUGAAGACCAGUUAAACAUUGAAAAUACUAUUAUGGAUGGUUCGAAAAGGCAUAAAUCUGAGCUGUCAAAAAGAUCUCCCGAUAUGUCAAAAUACCCAAAUCCAAAUUUGGAUAAUGUCCUAAACGAAAUUAACGAUUUUGGGAAAAAAAUCAAACAUUCCUUUAGCAAGACUGUGAACGAGGUUCAGAAAGACAUUGAUCAAACAAACAACGCAAUUGUUAAAGGCAUCAGAACAGAUAAAAUCAGUGAUAUUCCUAAGAUUAAUCCAAAAAAUUACCUUGAUAAAGAAUAUUUUAAACUAAAAAACCUCAUUAACCAAGAUGGAACGUUUGAUACUAACUUACAACAGCUUUUGAACGAAGAAAAUGCCAUUAAUUUGCCUUUACUAGAAAAAGAAAAGUUUUUACUACAAAACUUAAGAAAUAACAUCCCUAAAUCUAACGAUAUACUAACUUCACAACAAUCUUUGAAAAAUCCAACAUAUUUUCUUGAAAACAACUUAAAAACUUUUAAUAAUAACUUGGACAAACUUCAAGAAACCUAUCAUUUGGGUGAGAUAAACUCACUGAAAAAACAGCUAGACGAUUUGGACAAUCAAGUAGAAAAAUUUGAGGAAAACAACGAAAAAAUGCUUGUAAAAGAAGGUAACAAGUUUUUCGCCGGUCAAAGGAAUGAUAUUGUCGAUAAAGAAGUCAAUAUUAUUAAAAGAAUUCUGUCUUGGAUGAGCAGUUUAACAACUGCUUUACAAAGUUAGGAUUAAUUUCGUAAAAUUAAGUUAAUAAGUAGAAUAAGUUUUGUAAUUUUCUAUUUUUUCAAAUAAAUUA